AUGGAGCAGUGCACAUCAUACAUAGGAUGUGAGACUUCUACAGUGCCUUUGUCUGAUAUCGCUCAGAGAAUUAUGGCAGCUUUGCAGUCUUUUCCUGUAGGAGAAAUUCAGACUAGCAGAAAGGAUAACCAGAGUAUAGAGAAGACAAAGGAAAAUAAACUAGAUGAUAAGGAUGCACAUCUGAAAAAUGAAAAGGAGAUUCAUGAUUAUACAAUAGCCUUAUUAAAAACAUCUGCCAGUCCUGAAAAAAGUACUACUGGUCAGAUAGUCAGGACUGACAAAGUGCUUUGCUGUCAAGAUACCAAAGCAGCAAGCUGUUACCAGGAUUUAGACUUGCCAACAUGGGGAUGUAGAGAAAGAAAUCUUUCAGUAGAAGCAGGAAACCUGAAGGAUGGGAAAAAGAGUAUAGCUACUCCCCUUAAAAGAAAGCAAGAUAUGCCUGCUUGUUGUUCAGAGAAAUCAAGAAGAUUACCUGUAGAGACCUCACCUUCUUCACAUGAAAGAAAAUACAACUGUAUUUGUGGACAAACAGAGUCUUCUGAAAAUUAUCCUUGUGAUAUCAGGAAUUUGGGAGAUGAAGAAAAGAGAGAAUUGCUUGCAACUAUAGAACAGGCCCUGGCUUUUGUAACUACUAUGAUAUUUCAGGAUGGUUCUUCGCAGCUCAACUCAGAGCAGGUCUUAACAUCAUCAGUAAAAGGAGUAGUUGUGUUAAUGAAGAAUCAGACUGAUCACCCUUGCCCUCCCAGUUACUCUUCAGCUGACUGUACUUGGAAUGCUGUUAGUGAAAAUGAUAAAUUAAUUUAUUUAAAAACUGAAUGGUCUUCUCUUUGGGAACAAGAACAACAGGCUCACAAGAAAUUUGCUUGGCAAGUGUUGUUUCGAAUGCUACAUUGCAAAGUCCCGAUUAUCUGCUUCAAUGCAAAAGAUUUCCUGAGGACUCUGCUUCAAGUUUAUGGUAAAGAAAUUACUUGGAAACAAGUUGCUGAUAGUACUGUGUUGGAUCCAAGGAUUGCAGCAUGGCUGAUAAACCCCAGUGACACAGUUCCCUCUUUUGAGUGUUUAAUACAGAAGUAUUUUGAAAAGCCUUUUUCUAUGGGAACUGUAAAUACAGCCACUCUGAGCAAUACAUCAUAUCGAAACAUAGGUGUGAACUUGGAGAAGCUUUAUAAUGUGAUGAUGGACCUUGCUCAUGACUUAGAGGUUCAAGGUUUGUGGAAAUUAUUUUGCAAAUUAGAGCUUCCGCUUAUCAAAAUUCUGGCAGUGAUGGAAACACAGAAAAUACAAGUGAACAAACAAGAACUGAAAAAGACAUCAGAGAUUCUAGGGUUGCGACUCAAAGAGCUUGAACAGGAAGCUCACCAAGCUGCUGGAGAACAAUUCCUUUUGACCAGCAGCAGUCAACUCAGAGAGGUACUAUUUGGAAAGUUAAAGCUGCAUGCACUGUGUGAGAAGCUUCACAGAACUGAAAUGCAACAACUUGUGUCCACCUCAGAAGUUAUGUUAAAUAAGUUGCAAGAUCUUCAUCCUUUGCCUAAGAUAAUUUUAGAAUACCGUCGGGUUCAUAAGAUGAAAUCGACUUAUGUGGAUGGACUACGAACGUGCAUGAGAAAGGGAUUUAUUUCCUCUACAUGGAAUCAGACAGGAACUGCGACCGGGAGACUUUCAGCCAAACAUCCAAACAUUCAAGGUAUCUCUAAACAUCCAGUUAGGAUUACAAAGAAACAGUACAUAAAAG